AUGAGCUUUGUGCCUCAAGUUGGUAGCGCUUACACAAUAAUAUCUAGAUAUUUCAAUUUUCUUAACAAAGAUAAUCUAAAUUUGUCAUCACUGAUCAAUUUUGACCACAAUAAGAUGGUGGGGAGGAUUCACGGCACUUCUGUUGUAAAAAAAUUGAUUUCAAUUCGUUCACAUAUAUCGUUGUUUGAUUUUGAACAACUUCAAAUUCAAGGCAACUUGUCCGAGUGGUUAAGGAGAAAGAUUAGAAAUCUUUUGGGCUUUGCCCGCGCAGGUUCGAGUCCUGCAGUUGUCGUUAUUUUUUUGAAUUUUCAAAUGUCUAUCGUUCAUAUAUUACAAUUUUGUAGUUUUGUUCGAACAAACAUAUUUAGUUAA